AUGUAUGAACAAUGUCGUGGCUCUUAUGCUAAAUCUAUCCAGACUAACAGAAACUACAUUAUCAUCAAAAAAUGGGUCACCGAGGACUGCCAGGAAGAGCUCUUCUUACACACCAAGCGGAUCCGUGAAAACAAAGCCACCCAAACUUCUCGAUCGCAGACCGAGGUCAAGCAAGAGGCGCCCCUCUUAUCAGCUUUCAAAGCUAUAAAGGGUGGUCAAUAUGCGUCUGCCGCUGCUGGUGCACGUGCUUUCAACGUGCCAGUUUCUGCCUUGAAGCACAGGAUCAAAGGGCGACAAUUCUGGAAUGAAUCCCGCCCCUCCGGCCAUAAAUAUACAGUAUUGGAAGAAAAACGCAUUCUGCUUCUCAAUGAAGAUGGCAACACGGGUCCGUACUCCGAAGCCAUUAGUACAAUGCUAGCGGGCGUUGCUAGGAAACUAUGGCAACAGGCCCCGAUCCACCUUCCCCAGACGCUCAGCCAUCGACACGCAUGGCUGCUCGCUGAGAGCGUUCGCCAAACAAUUAUCGUGUGCUAUAUGCUAAGAAGCGCUUAUUCGUUGAACACGAGAAAAUAUUCUGUUCGAACGCCGUUUGUGGACUCUUUGCCACUUGAUCUGCGAAAUAACUUAUGGGAUGAUGAUACCCCGCCAUCAUUGGAACAUGCCCUGUCUGAUUCUAAUGCAUCUAUGGUUUCUCUACAUGAGUGGUCGGAUGGCAUGCCGGAAGGUCGUGUUCAUAACGUUUCACAUUUCAGUGAGCUGAUUUUGGCGGCUUGUAAAGAACAAGCUGUUUCGACUAUUCCUUCUCCGCCAUUAGAUACUUAUAUUGACGAGUUUGGAUUACGAUAA